CCGAAACCGACCGGCCGAAGAUCGCGCCCAUUGUCUUUUUGACACCCGAGUACUUUUACAAACAGAUUUCAACGGCUCCUGCGUCAUCUGCCUGCAAUCUACCGAGCGGACAAGGGCCCUUGUUCGCAGAGAGCAUGUCGGGGCAUGGAGCUACAGCAACCGGAGACCUCUUACCGUCCGUGUCGAUGACCUCCGCAGCUAGCACUCCCUCCGGUCAACAUCUUGGCCCGAUGAAUCUAUUGGAAGAUCACGUCGCGCCGACAGAUCCACACCACCCAGCUACGACUUCGACAGGAGGGGCAGCUUUCGCCACAAGCACUCUCGCUGCUGCAGAAGCGAACUCCGGAACAGGUGUCUCGAACAUCAUGAAACUACAGUUGGAUCAGUUCACGCACAUCAUUCUAGACGAAGCCCACGAACGAGACGAAAAGCUCGAGCAGCUCUUUGGCUUCCUCCGCAUCCAUCUGUCGCGCCCGCGCUACGCCGCGAUUAAGCUGAUGCUGAUGUCCGCGACGCCAAAUCUGGAAGCGCUACUGCAGUAUUUCGAACCUCUCGGGUUCCACAGCUUCGGAGGCACCAAAAGGGGUAGAAGAAAGGCAAAACACUCUAGUACCAGCAACCGGCAGGAUGAUCCUGCAGUAAACCACGGAGUGGAAGCCGCGUCAGUAGACACAGCUGAAGUAGGACCACCUGUUAAUUCCGCGACAGAAAACGAAACUCAAAAUGAAGAAGAAGCUAUAGACGACGGUCGUUCUGUCGCAACGAAGCAAAGCGACGGAGCGCCCGUCCUCCCGGAAGAAGGUGAACGCGAAAUACCGAUAAAACCGGAGAACGACCCAAAAGACCGCCGGGUGCUCUGCGUCGAGGGCAGAACUCCGUUUCCGGUGGUGACGCGGGACUUUGAAAGUGAAACGCUACGAGCCUUGGAGGAGAUGACAGAUAUUCGAUGGCGAAACAAACAACCUCCAUCACAGGAACCAGGAGUUGUGCAAGUAGGCGCGACGAGAUUUCCGGCAUCCAGUCCUUCUCCACCGUGGCACCUGAUGGAAGAAGCUAGAAAGUUUGUUUCUUUAUUGCGCCGAACAAGAAGCCGUGAGUUGCAAUGUAAGACUCCUGGUACUACUAGUGCUAUCCCAACCGACUUCACUUACACUUCCUACAACGAUUUCGAUUUUUCCCACGUCCCUUUUGUGCUCCGCUUGCUCCUCGCCAGCAACGGACCGGUGUUCCGAGACACCCGAAUCUUGGAAACCGUGCAACGCGAGGGCGCGAAGCUGCUCGUCUUUCUCCCCGGGGACCCCGAGACGCGGGACUGUUUUGCCAAAAUGCAGCGGGUUCGAGCACGAGCUGUGGGGAGUACUACUGCCAACAUCUCUUCGGCGACCGGUUCUGCUACUACUUCGACCACGAGGGCGAAGAAGAAAAAAACGAGCAAAACAAUUGACGUUCCGAGUCUGAAGGAAGAGCUGGAGGGCGUGUUAAAGUUUGACCACGUCCGUAUUGACCAGAUCCACGGCAUGCUGCCCGGGGCGGAUAACGAGCUCGC